CGAGCAAGUUCCACACACAUGCGACAGCGGGGCUUUCAUUCAAACUGAGAGGCGUCUGGAUUUUCUCUUAUCUACUCAUAUCUCCGUAGAUAUUGUUUUUUUGGAAUAGUCAGUCGGUUUUUUUUUCUAUUUACUCCAGGCAGCCUUUUUUUCCCAGAGGAUUUAUUUCAUAAUCAAUUUAAUUUUUCAUUAUCCCGCGCGCGCUAUCGUAACGUUACGUCUGUGCGCGCGCGCGCUAAUUAGCUUACUGACUAGCAAGAACUAUUCUUCGCCGGACUGAGAACUGCAUCGCGUGGAUGUACUCCCGCUCAUCUGCUGUCACAGUUGCACGAUGGCUGGUUGUUAUCUCUGCCUGUUAGCUCAGUGCCCAAAGAACAGCAACAUAUUUAGUAUAAUUACAGGAUAGCAAUAAAUCUUCACUUUACCUCUGGUUUAUCUCAGCUGUCGUAAAGUCAAUUUCUGAUAAACCUUUUUUUUAAAGUUUGCACUGCUUAGUCUAAAAAAACCUGUUAAAACAGGUGGGCCUAAAAAAAAAAGUUAAUUUAUUUAUUUUACUUUAUACCUCUAACAAUAUUUUAGUAGCUGCUGUUUAGAAAUAGCCAUUUUUCAGACGUUAAUUUCCUUUUAAGAUUGUGAAGCAAUUCCUGUACAAACUACAGUCAUGGUUUCUACGACGACGGCUGUUGCAAUAAUACUGACCACAGGGGUGGCAGUCUCCGGUCCUCUCACAAAUUACUUGUGGUUGCUGAUCGUAGGCUUUAUCAUUGCCUUCAUCUUAGCCUUUUCCGUGGGUGCCAAUGAUGUCGCUAACUCAUUCGGCACAGCUGUCGGCUCUGGUGUUGUCACCCUGCGACAGGCUUGCAUUCUGGCUACUGUGUUUGAAACCCUGGGCUCCGUGCUCCUCGGGGCCAAAGUGAGCGAAACCAUCCGCAAAGGCAUCAUCGACGUGAGCAUGUACAAUGACACUCAGCAUAUCAUGAUGGCUGGAUCCGUCAGUGCUAUGGUUGGUUCCGCUGUGUGGCAGCUGGCCGCCUCCUUCCUCAAGCUCCCAAUCUCUGGUACACACUGCAUUGUUGGUGCUACUAUUGGCUUCUCGCUGGUUGCCAAAGGCCAUCAGGGAGUCAAGUGGUUCGAACUCCUCCGUAUUGUUUCAUCCUGGUUCCUGAGUCCACUUUUGUCUGGAAUAAUGUCCGGCAUUGUGUUCUACUUUGUGCGCAUGUUCAUUUUACGCAAGAAAGACCCCGUUCCUAAUGGAUUGAAGGCCUUACCUGUCUUCUAUGCUGUGACCAUGGGGAUCAACCUGUUCUCCAUCAUGUACACUGGAGCUCCGAUGCUAGGAUUUGACAAGAUCCCUUGGUGGGGCAUCCUUCUCAUCUCUCUGGGCUGCUCUCUGCUGACCGCCAUUGUGGUCUGGUUCAUUGUCUGCCCUCAUCUGAAGAAGAAGAUUGAACGAGAUAUCAAGUCUUCCAGCCCUUCUGAGAGCCCCUUGAUGGAGAAGAGGGAGCUCAAGGAGGCCCAGUGUCCAAUCCUGAAGCAGACUGCCAAGGAGUCGUCCACUCCGGCUGCACCAGCUGACGGUCAGAGCGCCGCCGCUCAGCCCCCAGUCGCCCCCGAGGAGCGCAGGGUGGCGUUCAACAUCGGCGAUUCCGACGACGCCGAGAACAACAAGGAACGCAAAGUAGCGUUCGACAUCGGAGAUUCUGAUGACACGGAGUACACCAGCGUCGGUGAUGCGCCCAAACAGACUCAAACAAACGAUCAGCUCAACAACCAGCACAGCAACGGCGUCGCGAAUGCUCCCAACCAGGUCCAGUUCAACAACCAAGUUCAGUUCAACAACCGGCCGGCACAGAUUCCAAACAACGGUUACAGCCAGUAUCACACCGUGCACAAGGACUCCGGGCUCUACAAGGACCUCCUGCAUAAGCUCCACCUGGCCAAGGUUGGCGACUGCAUGGGAGAGGGCGGCGACAGGCCCAUCCGGCGCAACAACAGCUACACCUCCUACACCAUGGCCAUCAUCGGCAUGCACGGAGACUUCAAGCAUAAGGAAGGGGAUUUCCGUGCCAGUGAAGAUGGCGACAAAGCCCCGGGAACCGGCGGCCAGGACAGGAAGCGCAUCCGCAUGGACAGCUACACCAGCUACUGCAAUGCCGUCGCAGAGCACACAACUCCCGAAACUCUGGGGGAGAGUGACGUGACACUAGAGAUCGGGAAUCAGGACGCCGGCAGCAGCCACAGCUCUUUGGACGAAGACGGACUCGAUGCAGACAAGCCGGAAGUCUCGGCUCUGUUUCAGUUCCUCCAGAUCCUCACCGCUUGCUUCGGAUCGUUCGCCCACGGAGGAAACGAUGUGAGUAAUGCCAUUGGACCUUUGGUUGCUCUGUGGUUGGUUUACGAAACGGGCAGCGUGACCUCGAACGCACAGACACCCAUCUGGCUGCUGCUGUACGGCGGCGUGGGCAUCUGCAUGGGCCUGUGGGUGUGGGGGCGCCGCGUGAUUCAGACCAUGGGCAGGGACCUCACCCCCAUCACCCCUUCAAGUGGUUUCAGCAUUGAGCUGGCCUCAGCCGUGACCGUCGUGGUUGCCUCAAACAUUGGCCUGCCUGUCUCCACCACCCACUGCAAGGUGGGCUCGGUGGUAGCUGUGGGGUGGCUGCGCUCGAGAAAGGCCGUGGACUGGCGUCUCUUCAGGAACAUCUUCAUGGCCUGGUUCGUGACGGUGCCGAUCUCCGGCCUGAUCAGCGCCGCCAUCAUGGCCAUCUUCCUCCAGGUCAUCUGAGCGGAGAGCUGCGCCCCGAGCAGGGAAGGAGAACGACGCCGCUCCAGCGCGGACCAGGAGAAAGGGAGGGAGAGAGAAGUUGGAUGGCCAAAAUAUAUUGCUUACCUCAAGCCAACAACUUUGGAAGAAAAAGGAAUUUAAAAAAAGAAAAGUGUGAGAGGACUUGUGACCUGGGCCUGUGGUUGACGGCUGCAUCAUUUUUUCAACCUAGAAUUUGCUGUUUGUUCCAUUGUGGUCACAUAUAACUUCCAGUGGGAAGCUUACAUUUCUUUGUUCUGGAUUGCUUUUUCAUACUUCAUCUUUCUGUAAAAAGUUAAUCAAAACACGUGAUUGCUUUCUUUUCUUUUUUUACUUUACGAUUAUGUAUAUACAACCGUGUUGUUUUUAAUUUUGAACAUUAGACAGAAAUGAACAACUUGAGAUGCAGUAUUAGCCUCAUACAGAUGUAACUCCAGUUGAAACACAUGUUGAAACUAAUGUAGACGUGAAAACAGUAUUUUGAGGCUAAACCAAGAUUACUGGUGUGUUUUUAUUUUUUUCACACUGAUUCUGAAUUUGGUUGCUUUGGGGUUUUUUUUUUUGUUUUUCGUUUUAACUCUGUAUCUGGACCCCCAGUAUCCCCUCAAAAGGACAAAAAUCAUUCUCACUAACGAGGAAAAAGGUAAUUUUUCAGCUUAUGUUGGUAUUUUCUACAACAACAUAUCACUGCAGUUUUAAUUUACUGUGCUGGAGGUGACUGUACGCCUGCAGACAGACACGAGAAAUACUGUAUUAGUAUUCAUUUGUU